UCCGGGUACCCUGAGCUCCUGACCAAUCUGGACAGACUUUCACAGACUCUUGGAACCCUAGCCUCCAGUCUCUGAUAGACCACCAAUCGUAGAAGGCCGUUCCUCUGUAGAUCUCGUUUAAUCCUGGAGCGGAGAUGACCUCUUCAGUUAUUUUUCCCAAGGCCAUACUGAAGAGCACCACUAAGAUGUCUCUGAAUGAGCGCUUCACGGAGAUGCUGACCACUAAGCAACCUGUGCUGGUGACGGUCCAGACAACCGCGGAAUCGCAGCGGGAGCAGGAGCACGACCCCGAGGUUGGGCAGGAGCAGGAGCAGCGGGACCAAGUGCCGCAGAAUGCCGGAUCCACUUCCCAGUCCUUCCUGGCCCCGGUCACAAGGAAUCGAAAACUGGCCCAACUGAUGGAGAACAGGCCCUCCGUCCAGGAAGCCUUGACUCUCAAGGUAGACUCCUUGACUCUCAAAGCCGACACCUUGACUCUUAAGGCCAACACCGUGAAGCAACGACUGGGUAAGAGCAACAUUCAUGCACGGUUGGGUUGGCCCAUUGGCUCGCUGGCCAAAAGAGCAAUCGGGGGGUGGGAAGGCUCAUCCUGUGAGGCCCGAGAGCAAAAACGGGUAAGAGGGGACUCCAGACCCCCGAUGCUCAGAAACCAAAGUGAAGAGCUCCAAGGAAAGCGGUCCUCAUCUCCCCAGAUUAGUGUGAGAAGAGAUUUCCGUAGAGGCGGUGGGUGGGAAGGAUCCACCAGCUAUGGAGGCAACAGGGGUUGUGGUAGCUACUCGGUGCGUGGUGGGCGUCGCCGCCGCCGCAAGUAUUCUUCUUCCAAGCAUCUGCCGACCAAAGAGCAGCUGGAUAACCAACUAGAUGACUACAUGGCCAAAAGCCGUGAGCAGCUGGAUGCCGAAUUGGAUGCGUACAUGGCCCAUCCACAUCCAUUUUCUCGCCGUUAAGUCUUAACCACCAUAUGGGGUUCCCUUCAUUUGUC